CACAGAGAGCAUAACUUUAAAUCAGUCCAUCUUUUUUUUUUUUUUUCAAAUUUCUUACCUUUUCCCCUUACAAAAGCCAUCUUCUUCUUUUACCUUUUUUUUUUUUCUAGUGUGUUAUCUUAAAGAAACCAGUUUCCAAAAUUUGAAUUUUUUGUUCUCUUUUGAAAGAUGGAGAAUUUAGUGAAGAGCUGCGCAGGGAUCGAGAAGAAAAGAAGCAGUUUGACCCUAUCGGUGGAAGAUGAUGUAUUAACAGAGUCAAAGGACAGAAGCAGUACGAGCUCCUCCUCCGGCACCACUGCCGCUUCGUCUUCUCCGCCACCACCGUCGCAGAUUCUCGGUUGGCCGAUAAGGAAAGCUUCAUUUCGAAAGAAUUCUAAGGAGAAUGUUAAGUUAGAUCAUACUAUACCUACCCUUCACGAUGAUUCGGGUUUUAAAGGGAAAGAUAUGACUAUCGCAGAUGUGGAUAUGAUGAAAGAGAGAUUUGCAAAGUUGUUGCUUGGUGAGGAUAUGUCAGGUUCUGGCAAAGGUGUGUGCACGGCUUUAGCCAUCUCCAACGCCAUCACCAAUCUCUGUGCUACGAUAUUUGGGCAACUAUGGAGAUUAGAGCCUCUUUCGAGGGAAAAGAAGGAGAUGUGGAGAAGGGAAAUGGAGUGGAUUCUUAGUGUUAGUGAUCACAUCGUUGAGUUAACACCUUCAACACAAAGUUAUCCAGACGGCAAAAAGUUUGAGGUCAUGACUUGUCGACCAAGAUUUGAUCUUUUCAUCAACCUCCCUGCUCUCCGUAAACUAGACAAUAUGCUUCUCGAUAUAUUGGCGAGUUUCAAGAAAACCGAGUUCUGGUAUGUUGAUCAAGGGAUUGUAGCUUCGGAAAACGAUGGCUCAGCUUCUUUCCGCAGAAAGAUUCAGCGCCAAGAGGAGAAAUGGUGGUUGCCUGUUCCUCGUUUAGCACCUAAUGGUCUUACUGAAGAAGCAAGAACAGAGUUGAAUCACAAGAGGGAAUGUGCAACGCAGAUACUUAAAGCUGCAAUGGCAAUUAACAGCCUUGUUUUAACCGAAAUGGAUGUUCCUGAAUCAUACCUUGAAACCCUUCCAAAGAACGGUAGAUCAUGCCUUGGGGAUAUUAUUUACAAGUACAUCACAUCUGAGAAAUUUUCUGUGGAGUGUCUACUUGAUUGCCUUGAUCUGUCCUCUGAGCAUAUUGCUCUUGAUAUCGCAAACCGUGUGGAAGCUUCCAUAUAUGUUUGGCGCAGAAGAGUUCAAGCAAAACUAGGAGUCAACAACAAUAAUACUUCUGGCUCUACUCCAAAAUUAUCAUGGGAUAUGGUUAAAGAACGUAUGGCUGCUGGUGACAAAAGGGGAUUGCUUGUGGAGAGAUCUGAAACUCUCUUACGUUGCUUGAAGCAGCGGUUUCCAUCUCUAACGCAGACUUCUCUAGACAUUAGCAAGAUUCAAUGGAACAAGGAUAUUGGGAAAUCAAUCCUCGAAAGCUACUCGAGGGCACUUGAGAGCUUAGCAUCAAACAUCGUAGCACGAAUUGAUGAUUUACUCUACGUGGAUGACUUAACAAAGCAAUCCGAGGAUAACAAUCUGUUGUCAAAUCCAACAGUCAGCAGCAUUAUAGCUCACAAGAAAGUAGUACCAAUCCCUUAUCUAAUAGCUGCAUCAGGAACUCCAUACAGAUCAAGCUUCUCAACAACACCAGGCUUCUCUCCUUCAGUGAUUAGCCCCAAGAAAGGAGAGAGGAGGACACCUUACUCCAGCAAGGACACUAGCAAAGUCAGUGAGAAAGGUCUUCCUUCUCGAGGAUUUGGAGUAAGAAGAGUCUUGAACAAUUAUCUAGGCAUGGAAUCGAAACUGAAAAUAUGCGCGAGUCCGUCAGAUAGUUCAGAUACAGCUGUGAUGAACCAGAUCGGCAAAGAAGGUGAAGAAGAGAAGAAAAGAAACUCAACAUCAGUCCAUCAAAAAGGUCCUCCAAAGUACACAGUCUCUUAAGACCCUAAUGGAGUAACUCAAUAGAGGAGUGUAUAAUUUAUGCAGACAUGACAUGGAUUGAUUUGUUUGAUAUUACUUGUAGUUUUUGUCUUAUUUCAAAUGGUAAAGUGUCUAUUUUUGCAGAUCA